CUUUUGUUUUUUUAGGGGGGGAUUAUUUUGCUCACUAGCUUGCAACCCUUGAAUGGGAAUAAUAUGAUUAUGAAGUUUAUCUUAUUCUGAAUAUUACAUCAUUUCUUGUGAUUAUGAUAUCUCUGUUAUCGUUGCGUGCGAUUGCAAAAGUCGUUUGUUUUCACGAAUUCUUUUCUUUUUCAACAUCACCAUUGAGCUUGUACCCUGCCCUCCUCCUCCUAAAGCUGAACAUAUUCCUACUCACCUCUCAGCUGGGAAACUACCAACGUGCACAGUGCAGCAUCACUGGGUUGUGGGCAAGACGCCGGUCCAGUCACAUUGGUGAAAACGUGAGGAGAGCAAAUAUUUCACACACAGUUGGAACUAAUGGCAAUGUACAUCCAUAGUUUCUUCUUCUUUGUGUCGGCCAUUCUGUCUCAGCAGGUGACCUGUGAUGUGAACAAUGAAAGGAUGAAAAGCACUCUUAGCAAAUACUUUCGCAGAGCCGCGACAUUUCGAAAACCCAAAUGAUGCUAAGUACAAGAGAGCUGCGAUGACAUUCAUCAGGGACCAGUUCCGAGAAUUAGGACUUGAAACACAUAUCCACACCUUUAGCACGGCGCUAAGAAAUGUAACAGGUGUCAACGUUAUAGGUUUGCUAAAGGGCCGCAACUUUAACACGCCAGACGAUAGUGUCGUGGGAGUUACUGCCCAUCAUGACACGAUUCGCACUACACCAGGAGUGAAUAACAACGGCGCGGGAGUGGUCGCGAUGCUGGAGGUUGCACGGGAAGUGAGCAAACAACCCAAUCGUAUAUUCACUGUUCUCUUCAUGUGCAUUGAUUUCAAGGAAGCGGAGAAUUCAGAGGACAGUGGGUGUAAAAGUGGUCAGUGCGGUUUGCAAGCACUGGCGAGAGAGUGGCUGCCAAAUUUCUGGCCUAAAACUGUCAACUGUAUCCUCGUUUUGGACUCCAUUCUUAACUUCGAUGACACCAAGAAGAGCCAGAACUUUACUGCCACCUUCAAAAAGCUGUUUCCAGCCAUUGUAAAGAAUGUUGAAUCUAACGAAGGGCCGGGUGACUUCCUGGCGAUCACAGGGCGUAGUCACGACGCGCCUCUAGCUACCCUCUUUAAAGACACCUGGAACUCCAUGGGUGAUGAUAAAUAUAAGAUCCAAGACAUCGUGUUGCCGUCGUCUGUUCCCAACCCAGCGACUGAAAAAACUCUCCAACCCUUCAGCGAGUUUCUUCUCGGUACCCAUACCACCUUCUGGCUUCGCGGCGAUCGAGCUGUCUUUCUGAGUGACACAGCCGAAAAUCGGGGCUCCACGAAGCAGUGUUACCACAUGGAUUGUGACAACAUGAAUAAAGUGAGUGAAGUCAAGAUCGGCUUCAUCGCCAAAACCGCUCGCACGCUUAUCUCUGUGGUCAACAGCAUGGCGCCUGUUAGUGACCUUAGGGGUCCUUAUGGAGGUUCCACACAUUUGGAACCACUAUUCAGUCAACCAACCAUUUCGUCAUACUUUCUGCCUUACUCUUCUUCCGAUUAGCAAGCUUCUGAAUAAGAGUAACUCCAUCGUAAUCUCUACUUUUCCUCGCCU